AUGCACGGCCACAUCCAGCCUAAACAGCUCUAUUGCGGCAACCCACAAUUAUUCUUUUCCCCGCCGCCGCCGCCGCCAAAACUUAUUCUCGAUCUUCAUCCUGCGACGACAUCUGCACGCACACACUUCCUCACCGACUCUCUCACACACACGAACCCUCAAUUACCUGCCAACGCCGACGUCUCGACCGGAUCCCAAGGUUCAAUCUACUCAGUCCGAAAUAUGCCUGCACCCACAGCGCUCCAGCGCGCCCCCGAGACGCUCGUCCCAGAAGCAGAAACACAAGCACAAGCACAAGCAGAUCAAAACGCAGAAAUGCAGACCGUAGACGAAUCUUCAGAACCCAUCACCCUCGACCCCUCCGCCCUCGCACCCACAACCACCCUCCUCCCCACCCCCUCCACCCCCUCCGACACCAUGGAAAUCGACCCGGAAUCCCGCCCACACUUCGCCCCAGCCAGCACAUCCACCACCUCCCCCUCUACCCAAUCCCGCGACACGCGCAAAGUCCGCAUCCCGCCGCACUCCAUGACGCCGCUCAAGAAGCAGUGGGCCGACAAGGUCACCCCGCCGCUCGUCGAGCACCUGAAGCUCCAGGUCCGCAUGAACCUGCGCGAGAAGGCGGUGGAGCUGCGCACGUCCAAGGACACGACGGACGCGGGCGCGCUGCAGAAGGGCGAGGACUUUGUCCGGGCGCUGAGUCUGGGGUUUGAUGCCGAUGAUGCGAUUGCGCUGCUGCGGCUGGAUGACCUGUAUAUCGAGACGUUUGAGAUUAAGGAUGUGAAGACGCUGCAGGGGGAUCAUUUAUCCCGCGCAAUCGGCCGCAUCGCAGGCAAAGACGGCAAAACCAAAUUCGCAAUCGAGAACGCGAGCAAGACGCGCGUCGUCCUCGCCGACUCGAAGAUCCACAUCCUCGGCGGCUUCAAGAACAUUCAUGUCGCGCGCACGGCGAUUGUCAGCCUGAUCAUGGGCGCGCCGCCGGGCAAGGUGUACGGCAACCUGCGCACCGUCUCGUCGCGGAUGAAGGAGCGGUUUUGAGAGGGGGGGGGAAGCAGAGGGGGCAAAUCUACAGGACAGGCUGGUGUCUGUCUACGCAUGCAUGCAUGAAUCGGCGUUUUAAAAGGGUGUUGGGCCUGUUCGUCAUGAGCUCGAAAUAAGAUAUGGGGUGAUAUUCCUCGGCGUUGCAACGAGGUAUCAGAGAGAUAGAUAGAUGGAUAGAUAGCAAGUCAUAUAACGAUCUAUUCUAUAAGUAUCUAAAUGUUGAAUCGUACC